UCAUUUCCCAAGUUUCCUUUCUGUCUUUUCACGCUUUUCUUCCGCCUGCGGUUUCAGCGCUCUUCGCAGAGGCCCCAGCAGCGCCAUGUUGGGACAGAGCAUUCGGAGGUUCACGACUUCGGUGGUCCGUCGGAGCCACUAUGAGGAGGGCCCCGGGAAGAAUUUGCCAUUUUCAGUGGAAAACAAGUGGCGCUUACUGGUUAUGAUGACCUUGUUCUUUGGAUCAGGUUUUGCUGCACCUUUCUUUAUAGUAAGACACCAACUGCUUAAGAAAUAGGGACGUUGUGAUUCAUACAUUUAACAGAUAUGAAGAAUGUUUUAAGAGGUGCAUUCUCUGAAAAAUGAAUCAAACUCUUGGAUUCAUAGCAUACUGGAUAUGUUUGUAAAUAAACUAAUGACAUGAAUGUUCA